AUGCCAUCAUUCCGACUGCAAGGAUUCCGAUCAGUACUCCGUGGCAAUAAUGCCCACCUGCUGCGCCAUCAGCAGCGCCGCUGGGCACAGGUCCACGAUGUCCGCUUCCUCGCUUCACACCACGACCCCAGCCAUGUCAUCGAGAAGUACCGGGCCAAGCUGGACCAAAAGGCCAAAGAAGAGGGUUUCGAAUCCAUCGAGUCCUUGAAACAAGCCUACGAAGACAAAAUCAAAGAGCUCCGCCGCAAAGCAUCAACCCCAGCUACCCCCGAGCCCAGCUCUCCCACACCCACUACCGCCACAGCACCAAAAGCAUUCAAAGCACCCCCAUCACCCACCCCCCAGGAAUCCCGUACCACCAAAGCCGCCCGCGCCGUCUCCAGCAACUCCAGCCCCGUCAAGCCCCUCAGCUCAUACCUGGACGUCGAGAAAAUCCGCGAACUGCCCGCCAAGGAGAUCGAAGCCCUAUGGCGUCUCCGCUUCGCCGACAAGCCCCACACCAUCACGGCCGCUAUCCCCCUGGACACGUACCAGCGUAUGAUCCAGGCCGCGCGCGAGAACCCGCAGUUCAUCCUGCCGCUGCCCCGGCCGCAGACUGCUGAGGAGAAGGCGGAGGUGCCCGAGGGGGCGACCGGUACGGCGGCGGAGAUUCAUUUCCUGCAGUGGGCUUUCCAUCCGCCUGCGGAGGGGUCUACGAUGUCGCCGUCGAAUAAUCAUACUUCGACGGUGAUUUUUACGAAUCUCGGGGCUUAUAAGAUGCAUGGCGCGUACGCUCAGCCUCAUACUACUGUUACUCAUCAUCUGGAUUUGGCGGAUGAGAAGGGGUUGGUGCUUAUGCAUGGGCAGAUUAUUCCCGACGCGGGUGUUUCGGCGCCCGAGGCCACUUGGCUGGUUAGUUGUGUGCAGCGCUUCUAUGACUUUGGGGGUCAGGCGAGUGGUCGGAAGGGGGAGCUUGUUCGCAUGUUUACCCGCGGUGAUGUUGAGAACUUUAAGGUUGAGGAGUUGCUGGAGGAGUCUGAGAGACUUCACUGA